AUGUCCGACAAAGGCGACUCGGUCACCGAGGUUGAAGACUUCAGACACGAGCAGGGCGCCGGCAAUGGGAGUGGCAGCGGCAGCGGCAGCGGCAGUGCCAACAUUCUUGACGACGACAGCAAGGUCCUCGCAGCUCACCCAUCAGAUGUCUCGCCCCAGACAGGCGCCGGUAGCGGCGUCCGCCGUGGCCUACAGCCGCCAGAGUUCCUACUGAACAUGUCCAUGGAGGAGAGGCUGGAGCUGGAGACAAAACUCAAAAGGAAGAUCGACCUUCGUCUCAUGCCCGCGAUUAUCCUCAUGUACAUCCUCAAUUACAUCGACAGAAACAACAUCGCGGCUGCCAAGCUCGCCGGGUUGGAGGAGGACCUCGGCCUGUCGUCGACCGAGUAUGAGACGGCCGUGUCCAUCCUCUUUGUGGGCUACCUGCUAAUGCAGAUCCCCUCGAACCUGUUCCUCAACAAGCUCGGCAAGCCGGCCCUGUACCUGCCGGCCUGCAUGAUCGUCUGGGGCGUCAUCUCCGCCGCCACCGCGUCGUGCUACAAUGCGGCUGGGCUGCUGUCUGUGCGGUUCUUCUUGGGUUUUGUGGAGGCUGCUUAUUUUCCUGGAAACAUGGAUGGCGCCAGGGGCAUGCGGGCAUGGAAAUGGCUGUUCAUCAUCGAGGGCGUGGUCACCGUUGUCGUGGCCUUUGGCGCCUUCUUUGUCCUUCCAAACUUCCCCAGGACGACAAUGUGGCUGUCCGAAGAGGAGAGGCAGCUGGCCGUUUGGAGGCUCGAGGAGGACAUUGGCGAGGACGAUUGGGUCGACAGCGAGCAUCAGAGCUUUUGGCAGGGCGCCAAGCUGGCGUUCGUGGAUGUCAAAACUUACGUGCUGAUGGUCCUCCUCUUCUGCAUAGUCUCCUCAGGCUCCGUCACCAACUUCUUCCCCACCGUGGUCAAGACCCUGGGUUAUUCCAAUGUCUACUCGCUCUUACUCACCGCCCCGCCCUACGUAAUCGCCGUCAUCGCCACCUACUGCAACGCGCUGCACGCCGACCGCACAGGCGAGCGCUACCUGCACAUCACGAUACCGCUCCUCUGCGCGGUGGCCUCCUUCGUCCUCGCCGCGACGACCUCGUCCCUCGCGCCCCGCUAUGUCAGCAUGUGCCUGAUGGUCCCCUCCGUCUACUCGGGCUAUGUCGUCGCCCUUGCCUGGAUCAGCAACACCAUCCCCCGCCCGCCCGCCAAGCGCGCCGCCGCGCUGGCGUUCAUCAACGCCGUCUCCAACUCGAGCAGCAUCUAUGCGAGUUACAUGUACCCCAACAGCGCCGCGCCGGCGUAUACGGUUGCGUUCAUUGUCAACAGUGCGACGUCGUUUGUGGCCAUCUGCGCGGCUACCGUGCUGAGGGUCAUGCUUGUGCGCCUGAACAAGAAGCUGGAGAGGGGCGUGUAUGUGCCGGGUGCUAUCAAUGCUGCACCUGGUGCGGCGGCUGCUCAUGGGUUUAGGUUCAAGGUUUGA